CAAAGCAAACAUCAAUGACCAGCGAGUUUUGACGAGGGAAACCUUCUUUGCCCCUCCCCCUUAAGAUCUUGUCUCGCGAUCUCUUCCCCUCUCCCGCGGCCGCGCGAGAUCGGUCAGAUCAGUGGGGUGUCUCGUAGGUACGAACGAAAAAUUAGGUCUUGAAAGGGAAUUGGGCACACGGACCCUCGCUCUCUCGCUCGCUCGCUUCCAUGGCCACCCAAUUCGCGAUUGGCCUCGCGGCGCUGGAGAAUCCCGUCGACCCUCAAGGCGAUUUUGAUGACGAUCACGAGGAAGGCGAGAUCUCGGACGACGAUGACGAUGUUUUCGUCGCCACCGCCGCCGCCGAGCGCAUCGAGUCGUCUGCGGCCGUUUCCACGUCCGGGAAUGGAUCGAUUCGAUCGCCCAGAACCCAGCACCACGUAAACUCUGGGAGAAGAGACUCGGAGAGCAAACACGAUAACUCGAUACAAACGGUGGUUAAACUAGUUAACAACGUUAGCGUGGGGAAUGCAUGCAAGUCUCCCAACGACGCAUGCGCCCAGCUCCACGAUGCUUUGCAGAUUUUGGAGGAGCUGGAUCAACCAUCUAACUGCGAGUUGGUUCAAUCGCUCGUGUUGAAGAUUUUAGACAAGAUCCGGAUCGUUUACUGCGUUUAUAACGCGAUAGGAGACGAGCAAAAACCCGGAGUCCUGCAAAGUCUGGCUAAGCUGGCGAAGUUCUACACGGAUAAGCUGUUCACGGCGAAACAAGUGGAAGAACUCAAGGGUCUGUAUGAAGCCGUCAACCCAAAACUCGAGACUAGCAGCGAUGGUAAGGAGCACGCUUAUAUACCGUGGGAUGGAGGGACGAGCGGUGAGCACCCAACCUCGUCCUCACUGACGUCGUACACACACUAUAUGUCUGCGUCGUUCCCGAUGGAUGCUCUUCCUCCCAGCCCGACUCCCUCGAAAGAGGACGAAGCAGCGAGAUACGGGAAAACUUUAACUGACAAAACCGAGACCGAUUCUCAACCAGUUUUAAAACCCCGAGAUCCCCGACGUGGUGCCUUGGAAGGAAACCCCUCCAGAAAACGAGAAGCGUUAAAGCCCGACUCACAAGCUUCUAAGCGUCAGAAGCUUCAGAGCGAGGCGGCUCCCCGCAGUGGAGGAUGGCUGGAGCCCGAAGCUAAGGAUGGCAAAUCCAUACUGAUGAAACCUCGCGAUCCAAGGCGUGCACUCUCCGAGACCACGAAUCAGGAGGAGCAGCAUAUCACAAGUCUGGAAAAUGGUACUGUGCGACCACCAAAGCCACCAGAGUUGAGGAAUCAAGUGAAGGACACGGUUGAAGUUCUUCCUCCUUCCAACAUUCCAGGAUUGUUUCCCAGCAUUCCGGGACUAGAAGCGGGCUCUCCUCCCGUUUUACAGAAUGGAACCGAGUUAGACAUCCAUCCGGAACUGCAAGAGUUUUUGAUUGACCUCGACGAGGCGGAGCGCAUUGCUUUUAUCAAGGAGAGACAACGGAGGAUGGACGAGCAGGACAAGAUGCUGAGUGAAAAGAAGCUGUGCCUUGUGCUGGACCUUGAUCACACACUCUUGAAUUCUGCAAAGUUUAUGGAGAUCGAGCAAGAAUGGGAUCGAUUUUUGCGUGCCACCGAGACCAUCGAGCGGAACAAAGACGCGAAAGAAGGAACUCGGAGGGAACUUUACCGGUUUCCUUACAUGUCAAUGUGGACAAAGCUUAGGCCUGGCAUUUGGAGAUUUCUCGCACGGGCAAGCCAACUUUACGAGCUUCACCUCUACACAAUGGGCAACAAAGCAUACGCAACCGAGAUGGCCAAGCUUCUGGAUCCAACUGGAGUCCUCUUUGCUGGCCGCGUGAUUUCUAAAGGCGAUGACGGUGAUGCGCUCUACGGUGACGAGAAGACCCCGAGGAGCAAAGAUUUGGAUGGAGUGCUUGGAAUGGAGUCGGCAGUGCUUAUCAUCGAUGACUCUGCACGCGUCUGGCCACACCACAAAGAUAACUUAAUCGUGGUGGAAAGAUAUAUGUAUUUCCCGUGCAGCAGGAAACAAUUUGGACUGCCCGGCCCCUCGCUUUUAGAGGUGGGACACGACGAGAGAGAAGCCGAUGGAAUGCUAGCAUCCAUACUAGGAGUGGUCGAGCGAGUUCACGAGGAGUUUUACUCCCGGCCGCUUCCAAAGGAAGUCGAUAUCCGGGAGGUUCUCUCCGUUGUCCAGAGACGCAUUCUCGGUGGCUGCAAGAUCAUCUUUAGCCGGGUUUUCCCCGUCGAGGAGACGCAGCCGCAGCUCCACCCGCUGUGGAGGAUGGCCGAGCAAUUCGGAGCGGUUUGCACGACGAGGAUGGAGGAGGAUGUCACGCACGUCGUUGCGAUCUCCAUGGGAACAGACAAAUCGAACUGGGCUCUGGCAACUGGGAGAUUUCUCGUUCGUCCUGCUUGGGUGGAGGCGUCCACGGUGUUGUACCGGCGAGCCAACGAGAGAGACUUCCCUGUUCCCCCGUAAGCUUAAAAAAACACACGCGCACGCACACGCACAGUGAGACUAUGAAACGAGAGAAACCUCCAAACCGACACCACAAAACAAAAAAACCACGACGCGCUAAACCCUGGAUAUGCCAAGAAUAUUCCAAGACGAAUAUUCUCCCGGGUUGGCGUUAGAAUUUGCGGGCGGCAGUGGAGCGGGUGGACUCUCUUCUGGUCGAACCUGUCAGUCAGCGAGCUUCCGUGCUUAUACCUUGGGAUUGAAGAGAAAGGGCCAAGGGACCCGCAACGCACCAGCUAGCGGGGCAUAUUCUGCCAGAAAUUCACAUCUCGGGGCACAUUCUGUCAGUUCUUAGGGGUAUAUUCUGCCCGUGGCUCCGCGGGGAGAAUAUGCUGCUCUGCUGUGAAGGGAUAUUCUGGGGGGAUUUUUAUUUUAA